AUGAGAGUAUCGAUAUUUAUUGAGACAAAAGAAAUUAGACUUAUAGUUAGAAUCAAAGAAUUAGAGCAGAGUCAGACCAAGACUGACAAACUUAUAGUUAGAAUUACAGAAUUAGAAUAUGCUAAGGAAAAGAAUAUUAAACUUAAAGCUGAAGUAGCAAAACUAAGACAUGACUUUGAGAAAAUUAAACUACAGAUCCAAGUUAUUACUAACAAAAAAGAUAUACCUUCUACAGAUAUUUCACACUCUCUGGCAAAUAAAACCACUAUUACAUCCAACUCUUUAUCUAUAUCAUCAGAAGAUAAGAAGAUUGAUGAAUUUAUAGAUUCAAAAUAUAAAGAAAAGGUUAACUUAUCAUGUGAUAUAAAAACCAUUUCCCAAGAAAAUGAUUAUGACAUAAUUGAAGGUGAAAUAAAAAUUACUUUCCAAGUAAACAAUCAACAAAAAACUAUUCUAAGUUCUUUACCAGUGAAAGAUUUUGAUGAUUCUGAUGAAAUUGAACUUACUAAAAAUCAGAAUAUAGAACUGGAUUUAAUAUAA